GAUGAAAUUAAUUUUUAUUUCAGAGUAUUAAUAUGAAGUAGAUAAAUAUUUCUAAAGUCAGAACUUUUGAGAUGUAAAUCUCAGGACUAAGCUUUCAGAUCUACGUAUUAAUCCCUGCAGGGACAACUCUCAUUAAGGAAUCAAGCAUUGAUCCUUCAUGUUCCCAACUUGGAUAUUGAGAUCUAGCGUUCAAGAUAAAGGAUAUCCAAACAAUAGUUCCAACCUCAGGUUCUUCAGUUCAAAGGAUGGCUGCAUACAAACUAUGCACGGGACAACUUUUACAUAUUCAAUUAUCUAGAGAAGAGGAGAACGAUCCAUUGAAGACGAGAGUAAAACUUGAAUCUCAAGAAUCUGUUCUGCUUGCAGAAUUUGUACAUGAAGCUGCAAUCAGAUGGAAGAAUGGGGAGAUCAGUGUGUACAUUGAACUGUUGGGACUUUUACUUAAACAGCUGAAAACAGCUGCUGCUGCCUUCUCCAUCAACAAGCAGCUGCUUAAAGAUACAAUAGAAGACGACCAGGAACAUAUUGAAGCCUGGGACAAGGAAGAAGAGAAUGAAGAGAAUGAAGAGGGCGAAGAGGUUGAUGAAGGUACCGAAGAUCCAAUCCACCUUGACGAGGAGUUUGAAGAGGAGGAGGAAGGAGCAGAAGCCAUUGUUGAAGAAGAAGAUGACAUUGAAGAAGAACUUGAUGAUGAUUAUGUUCCAAUAAACUCUAAAGGAACAAGAAGGAAACCUCGAACAAGAGGAGUUAAAAAGCAAUUGCCAGGUGUAUUUACUGAACUGGAUGAAACUGAAUAUAUUAAGCUUGAACCUUCACUUGUGAAGUUGGAGAAAGCUGAACUAGAAGAGAAAGGACGGGAUGGUAAGGGGUUAUCUUGUCCUGACUGUGAACAAGUGUUCUCUGCUGAAUCUCAACUAAAAAUACACUUUCAAGAAAAUCAUCUUAACGAGAUAGAGAAACACCGAUGUUUUCUGUGCGGGAUGAGUUUUCGGAAAUCGUUCAAUGUGAAAAGCCACAUUUUAACAGUUCAUAGAAGAAGGCGGGACUAUAAGUGUGGAGAAUGUGAUGACAAGUUUACUAAGCGGAACCACGUGGUCCGCCAUCUUGAAUUAAAACACGGAAUCCUACUGGCCGAUGCUUCAACUAAAUUUAGUGAAUGUGAGAAAACCUGUGAGAUCUGUGGAGAAAUAUUUAGCAAGCAAGGAAGUUUAAACACGCACAUUAUGACCGUGCACCCGGACGUGAAGGCGUUCAAGUGCCGACUCUGUCUGGCGGAGUUCGACACUAGGUCCGAAAUCAUGGAGCACAUCGUGAACCUGCACGGGGAGGAGGAGGUUGAAGAGAACAUUGAAACCAGGUCUGAGGAACUACUUGGCAUGAAGAAGUUUAAGAAACCGUUAAAUCGGGUUUCUUGUGAUCAGUGUGAACAAACGUUUUGCAGCAACCAUAGUUUAAAGACGCACAUUAGAACCGUGCAUGAAAACAUCAAGGAUUUCUCCUGUAAUGUUUGUAGCAUGGAGUUUUCUACUGUGAGUGGCGUAAAGCGUCAUCUGUUAACUCAUCAUGAUAUUACAGAUACCAAGGAUGCAUAUUUGAAUAAAAGUCAAGAUGAGAAAAACUCUGGAAUAAGUCCUGCUCCCUGCUCGAUGUGCAAGAUUGAGUUUCUCAGUCCAGAAGAGUUGAUUAACCACGUGAUAUCUAAUCAUCCGACCCGACCAGACCUAUUUCCGCUCUACGUGCGCAAUUCAGGACCUCUCCCUUGGAGCAGGGCGGACGCAUGGGAGCGUCAAGAUUGGUCUUGUCCAUUGUGCCCCCACCAUAUGAUAUUUAGGACUGAGACCUUGAACGGGAUGGUAUCUCAUGUGAAGCUGGGGCAUCCAAACAGUAUAAUGUGCUGGGUUUGUGGAAUGGGCUGGUCAACUCAAGAAGGAAAAUUAGUUUACGAACACAUGAAAACUUCGCACCCGUUGAAAUCCCUGUUUUCUUGUGAAAAGUGCGGAGUAUAUAACCAGAACAAGAGGCUUCUAGCAAACCAUAAAAAGAUUCAUAGAAUGGAGGAGUUACAAGGCCCAAUGUUAUCUUGUGAACUAUGUGAUUAUGUGACACCUAGACCAGAUAUACUCGCUAAACACAGGUUUUCUCACAGAUCGAAUAAAACUUACAUGUGCGACGACUGCGGCAAAGUUCUAAAAUCUCGCACAGCCCUCGCAACCCACGUCAAACUACACCAAGAUGAUACGCGCAACCAAUGUUCAAUCUGCUUCAAAAUAUUCUCACAACGAGGAUAUUUAAAGACGCACAUGAACUCGCAUUCGGACUCAAAACCGUAUUCUUGUGAAUUUUGCGCCAUGACUUUCUUUGGACCCACCAACCUUAGUCAGCACAGAAAAAGGGCUCACGGAGAUAUGAUUGGUGAAAGUCCUAAACUUUCUUGUGAUCUCUGCACAAAACGGUUUUGGAUUCCCAGCGAGCUGAAGUAUCACAGAGAGAGGGUGCAUGAAGGCAAGAAGGACUUUAGUUGUACUGAAUGUCAGAAAAGGUUUGCGGACAAGAAGAAUCUGAAGAAGCAUUUAGUUAAUGUGCAUAAAGCAAGAAUGCAGCAUUUUCAUCUUUAAAUAUUGGCAUUUUCCGUGUUAUAAUCUCUAAACAUUUAUUUAUUUAAGAAUUAAUUGUUACAAACUCGAAAUUGACAUAUGAACCAUUCUCAAUAUUAAAUCAAACAAAAUCAUUUCAAUUAAAU